AUGAUGCAGGAGAAGCGCCGCGUUGGGAAGAUCCAGAUGCGCAAGCUGCCCUGCGACCCGGUCCCGCACUACCUGCUGGACCGAAACGAACCAAGCGCCACCAAAGCCCUGGCGUCGUCUAUCAAGCAAAGGCGUAAUGAGAAGGUUGCCCGUUUAAACGUUACCCUACCCGAGGUUCGCGGCAUCUCUGAGGAUGAGAUGUUCAAGGUCGUCAUUACAGACAAGAAGACGCACUAG